CAUCAUCCCAGUUUACGACGCAUUUCCGCAUGUGUCAGCCGGCGAAACUUUCAUUCAUUUUACUCUUCGUUGCAUCAUUGAACUCUAUUUAAGAAUAAGGUUGUGUAAAAGGUUAUAGAUAAUAUGGCGCAGAGGAAGGGAACUGCCAAGCUCACAGAGCUGUUGGCAAUAGAAGACCAGGCACAGAGGAGAUGGGCUGAGGAAAGAAUCUUUGAAUUAGAUGCUCCCCCAGCAGGAUCAGCGGAAGCAAAGAAGGAGAAGUACCUGGUUACCUUUCCUUAUCCAUACAUGAAUGGAAGGCUUCAUCUGGGCCACACAUUUUCACUGUCAAAGUGUGAGUUUGGAGUUGGGUAUCAGAGAAUGAGAGGGAAGCGAUGCCUGUUCCCGUUUGGCCUUCACUGCACUGGAAUGCCCAUCAAGGCGUGUGCUGACAAGCUGGCACGGGAGAUGGAGGAUUACGGUUACCCGCCCGUGUUCCCGUUAGAGGAGGAUGCAGAGCCUGCCAAACCCGAGGAGACGGACAUUGUCAUUAUGGACAAGGCGAAAGGAAAGAAGACGAAGUUGAAAGCAAAGACGGGAGGUCUGAAGUACCAGUGGCAAAUCAUGCUGUCCCUGGGGCUGAAAGAUGAGGAGAUACGGGAGUUUGCUGACCCACACCACUGGCUCUACUACUUUCCCCCACACUGCAAGGCCGACCUGCAGAAGAUGGGCAUCAAGGUAGACUGGAGAAGAUCAUUUCUAACCACGGAUGUUAACCCAUACUAUGACUCGUUUGUUCGAUGGCAGUUUUGGAAGCUGAAGGAAAGGAACAAGAUCCAGUUUGGUAAAAGGUACACAAUCUUCUCGCCCAAGGACGGUCAGCCGUGCAUGGACCAUGAUCGGAGCACGGGUGAGGGGGUGGGGCCCCAGGAGUACACCCUCAUCAAACUGAAGCUCCUGAAACCUUACCCACCGAAAUUCAAGAAAAUUGAGAGCAAGCAGGUGUACCUAGUAGCAGCCACCCUGCGUCCUGAGACGAUGUACGGUCAGACCAACUGCUGGAUCCACCCUGACAUAAACUACAUCGCCUUCGAGUUGGCGAACGGAGACGUGUUUGUUAGCACACGGCGGGCAGCACAAAACAUGAGCUACCAGGGGUUCACAAAGACUGACGGCAAGGUGGAUGUCCUUGUGGAAAUAAAGGGCCAGGAUAUAAUGGGCGUGGGUUUGAGCGGCCCCCUGACAGUGUACAAGAAGAUCUACACACUACCCAUGCUGACAAUCAAGGAGGGGAAGGGUACGGGAGUUGUCACCAGCGUACCCUCCGAUGCCCCAGAUGACUACGCAGCUCUCAGAGACCUCAAGAAAAAGGAGCCAUUUAGAAAGAAGUAUGGGCUCACAGACGAGAUGGUGCUACCUUUUGAUCCGGUGCCUAUUAUCGAUGUGCCAGAGUAUGGUGACCUGUGUGCUGUAACAGCCUGCGAGCAACUGAAGAUUCAGAGCCAGAAUGACAAGGACAAACUCCUGGAGGCGAAGGCUGCUGUGUAUCUGAAGGGGUUUUACGAAGGGGUGAUGAAGAUAGGAGAGUUUGCUGGAAAGAAGGUCCAGGAUGUGAAAAAACUUGUACAGAAACAGAUGAUCGACAAGAAUGAGGCUGUUAAGUACAUGGAGCCGGAGAAGCAGGUGAUGUCGCGAUCAGGAGAUGAGUGUGUCGUCGCCCUCUGUGAUCAGUGGUAUCUGAACUAUGGAGAGGAAGAGUGGAAGACAGCGGCACGGAAAUCCCUCGACCACAUCGAGACCUACACUGACGAUGUGCGCAAAAACUUUGAGGCGACGCUCGAAUGGUUGCACGAACAUGCCUGCUCCAGAUCGUAUGGACUCGGCACGAAGAUCCCCUGGGAUAAGAAGUACCUGGUGGAAUCCCUUUCCGACUCUACAAUCUACAUGGCAUACUAUACAGUGGCACAUCUCCUGCAGGGCGGACAGUUUGAUGGACUCAAAAUUGGGCCUGCCGGCAUUAGCCCGGAGCAGAUGACAGGGGAGGUGUGGGACUACAUCUUCUACAAGAAGGCUCCGUUCCCAGACACGGAUAUUCCCCGUAACACGCUCAAUAAGCUGAAGGAGGAGUUUGAGUACUGGUACCCGGUGGACCUGCGCGUCUCGGGGAAGGACCUUAUUCCCAACCAUCUCACGUACUUCAUCUACAACCACAUUGCCAUCUGGCCAGACCAGAAAGACAAGUGGCCGGGUUCAAUCAGAGCUAAUGGACAUCUGUUGCUUAAUUCAGAAAAGAUGGCCAAGUCCACUGGAAAUUUCCUCACCCUCUCCGAUGCCAUCAAUAAGUUCUCCGCUGACGGUAUGCGGUUGGCACUUGCCGAUGCUGGUGAUGGUGUGGAGGACGCCAACUUUGUGGAAAUGAUGGCGGAAGCCGGCCUGCUGCGACUCUACACCUACCUAGAGUGGGUCAAGGAGAUGAUCACCAUGCGUCCGGCCCUUCGCACCGGAGAGUUCACGUCCAACGAUCGCGUGUUUGAUAGCGAGAUCAACAUUUGUAUUGAGGUCACGCAAAAAAGCUAUGAAGAGAUGAAAUACAAAGAGGCUCUGCGUACUGGGUUCUUUGAAUUUCAGGCGAUGCGUGACAAGUACCGUGAGGUUGAGGUGGAGGGUAUGCACGUGGACCUCGUGUUUCGAUACAUCACCGUGCAGACACUCAUGCUGUGCCCGAUCUGUCCUCACCUCUGUGAACACAUCUGGACCCUCCUUGAUAACCGUGAGAGUAUCAUGCGAGCCAGCUGGCCGACUGUUGGACCGUACGACAAGGUUCUCGUCCAGUCUUCAGAGUACCUCAUGGACAGUGCACAUGACUUCCGCAAACGCAAACUAGCAUACUUGAAUGUUGGCAAGGGCAAGAAAGAAGUGCCUGCGCCGACCCAUGCAACAGUGUACAUUGCUAAGUCCUACCCUCCCUGGCAGCACACAAUUCUCACCACGCUACGUGAGAUGUAUGAGGCAAACAAGGGAUUUCCUGAAAAUAAGCAGAUAGCAGCUGCCUUGGGGAAAAUAGCAGACUUGAAGAAGUAUAUGAAAAAGACCAUGCCAUUUGUGAUGGUUGCCAAGGAGAACUUCCAGAAACAUGGCUUGGCUGCCCUAAACUUGACAACACAGUUUGACGAGAUGGUUGCCAUGACCACUAACCUCAAGUACAUCACAAACACACUGGAGUUGGAGGGUGUGGACAUCCGUCUGGCUGAGGAGGCUAAGGAGGACAAGGUGAAAGAAGACUGUUGUCCCGGGAAACCAUUCAUCGCAUUCACCACACAGCCGUCAGUGAGUGUACGCUUUGUGAACCCCCAGCCAUGCAGCGGCCUGUUUGAGGUGCAGCUACCCGUCUUUAAGGAUGACAGCCUCGUGAAAGUACGAGCCAGGCUGCAGAAGACCGACAGGGGCAAGAUGAAAGAUGCUUCACAAAUUAUUAUACUAAGACACGAUUCGGACAAGGCGAUGAGGAAACUGCCAGAUUUCAGCAACUGGGAGAACGGGAGAGUGUUGUUGCCGGAGGAGACAACAUUUUCUUGGAACUCUGCAGAGGACACAGAUAUCAUUGUGCAGGAAAACGGCACUAAAACGCUGGCCAAGGAGUUUAUAUAUGUGGUUCCAUCUUCCUGAAACUUACCAAGUCUCUAUUGACGAGAUUAGUGUGAAAUAUGUUGUGUAAUUUAUUGUUUUUGGGUAAUGAUAAUUACAGAUAUUAAUCCAGGACCUUUUUAUGAGGUUUCAUUAACUACUGAUCGGUUUGUUUCACUUUUAUGUAAUGGAAAAAAAAAAUCAUGUAUUUAAUUGAUAAUUAGGAGCUCUUUUGUUUUAAGUUUGAAAUUAACUUUUGAGACAUCUGUCACAGAAAAUGCUAAUGGUGGGCUACAUGUAUUGUGAGUUACUUUGUGUCUGUCAUAUGUCAGCAACAAUUGAUCCCUUGUUAACAGUUGUGGUUACAGAUUUCUCAAAUCUUCAUAAAACUUGGUCUUGUGGUCUCUGAAUGUAGGUCAUUUUUAAAUAAAUAGUUGGAAUACCGUA